GGCCGCAUGGAUGACGGUGUGAAGCGAGCAGAUCCAAGGUAUUCGAGCUUAACUGCUUCCCCAGGGUCCGCAGCCGUCGUGGCUGAACCUCCGUCGGCAUUUCGUGGCCUGCGCCGUGCCGAUGAUCGGCUUUGGGAUGAUGGAGAAUUCAUCGACGAACAUCUGGGGCUCGUGUUGGGGCUGAGUACCAUGGCAUCAGCUGCUGCUGGUCAGGUGGUCUCAGACUUUACAGGCGUGAUCUUCGGCGGCACCUUAGAGGCCGCCGCCUCCAAGUUGGGCCUACCGCAUCCGCGGCUGUCGGAUCAGCAGCGCCAGAUGUCCGUGGUGAAAUUCAUGGGGACCGCUGGCUCCGCCGUAGGUGGAACGGCAGAAGAAGCAAGCGGCGUCUCGGUAACGCUGGGAGCGGAUGGCAACGAACUGCAAACCAUUUGCAAGACCUUCGCCAUCGACGGCCCUGCACAGUUUGAAGCGGAGAGGUACUUCUUGGACUCAGAUCCCAGCUAUCUCUGGACCUUCGCCAAGCGCUGGCAGUUGAGUUCCGCGCAGCUCAUGGAGUUCAAGACCUUCACACGGGAGCAGAACUACAGCGACUUGGUCAGCCGGGAGUUGGCCACGGGUGAAAGAUGGAGAAAUGGUGGAGAAAUGGACAGUGAUGGUGCGAUUACCAGCGCCUUGGCAGACCUGAACUUCAAGGCUUCGGAAAUCGCCCAUUUGGCCCUGCGGCUCAAGGGCAGGUGCGAAAGUCCCAAGAGUCAAGCUCCGAGGCAGCUGGAGAAACCCACCAAGAUCAAGCUUCGAGAGGGUGGCACGAAGCGCCACGUGGCGGAGACCAAGCUGUUGCUGAACGUCCCAAAGGUCUUUUCGGAUCCCCGCUUCGCUGGGACCCACCGGGACUCCGGUAGUGGCACUCGCGCUUGCAGCGUCUUGGUGUGCCCGAUUUUGAGCCGAAGAACGGGUGAAGUCCUAGGGAUGUUCGAAGUCAUCAACAAGAAGCACCUGGGCUUCACCGGGGUCCACGGGAUCCAACAGCGUGAAAAGGGUGGUGUUGAGUUGAACUCCGUGCCUAAGAAGGGCGGAACGCAGGGCGGAACACCUGGCUGUUGCAGUUUCACAGAAGUGGAUGAGAAGUUGAUCCUGAUGAUGUGCGGACAUGCGAUGACGACGCACAGCUUUUGGAAUUCCUGGGCUGAGUGCGUGCCGCGCAUCGCAGAAACUGGACCCAGCGUGACCACCGUUUUGCGCGUUGCCGUGACCAAAAGCGUCCUGAAGAAAAAACGAGUCGCGGCGAAUUGGGCUGCGACAUGGCAACAUGUCUAA